AAGCAGGAAGUCUGAAACAGUGUUUUAUGGAAAACAGGUAUGCUGGUUCUGAAGUCCCACCGCCUUCCCUUUCUUCAACAGUGUCUCUGUUCAUCAUUGUCCACUUAUAAUGUUACCAACUACCUUAAUUGUCACCUUAACUACUUCCUCUCCAAUCAAAUCCCGGACAUCCAAUCUCUUCUCCAAUCACACGCUUACAUAAUCACAACUGGCAAUGCCGACAACUUGUUUUUUGCUGCGAAGCUCAUCUCUCUCUAUUCCUCUUUUUGCAGACUCAAUUCCUCCUCCAGAGUGUUCAAUUCAAUCGCCUUCAAAGACACCUUUCUUUGGAACUCCAUAAUCAAAUCCUACUUUUCUAAUGGGCAGUGCGCAGAAGCCCUUGAAUUUUAUCAAAUGAUGCGACAAUCAGACACAUUGCCUAACCAUUUCACCAUCCCCAUGGUUGUUACCAGCUGUGCGGAGCUUAUGUUGGUGAAUUAUGGCAUGAACAUUCAUGGGUUGGCUUCAAAAUCUGGACUUCUUGCAGGUAAUUCUGCAGCUGGGUCUUCUUUUGUGCACAUGUACUCAAAGUGCGGUCGAGUGGAUGAUGCAUGUCUUGUAUUUGAUGAAAUUCGCAUUAGAGAUGUGGUUGCUUGGACUGCACUUGUGAUUGGUUAUGUGCAGAAUGGUGAGAAUGAAAAGGGCUUGGAGUAUCUUUGUGAGAUGCAUAGAAUUGGUCGCAGUGAUAAGGAUAGACCAAAUUUUAGAACAUUGGAAGGUGGGUUUCAAGCUUGUGGAAAUUUGGGGGCUGUCUUAGAAGGUAGAUGUUUACAUGGUUUAGUAGUAAAGUCUGGAAUUGGGUGCUCCCAAGUCGUUCAAUCUUCUCUUUUUUCCAUGUAUGCAAAGUGUGAGACCCCUCAAGAAGAAGCUUAUCUUUCAUUUCUUGAGGUUUUAGAUAAAGAUAUUAUCUCAUGGACAUUAAUCAUCGGAGUUUAUGCGAGGUUAGGUUAUAUGAUUGAAUGCUUAAGAAUGUUCUCUGAAAUGCAGGCUGCCCAAAUAUAUCCGGAUGGAGUUGUCAUCAGUUGCAUGCUUUUGGGGUUUGCUAAUUCCAUGAUGGUCCAUGAAGGAAAGGCUUUUCAUGGAUUUAUUAUAAGGAGAUGCUACGUGUUAAAUGAAAUGAUUCACAAUGCAUUAUUGUCAAUGUACUGUAAGUUUGGACUCUUGGCUCUUUCAGAGAAUCUCUUUCGUAGCAUGAAGGAAUGUAAUAGGGAUUGUUGGAAUACAAUGAUUUUUGGAUUUAGUAAAAUGGGAUUGGAAGUGAAGUGCAUAGAAUUGUUUAGAGAAAUGCAAUUUCUGGGCAUUGAAUCUGAUUCAAACAGUCUGGUCUCAGUGAUUUCUUCAUGUUCCCAAUUGAGAGCACUCCAUCUAGGCAGCUCUGUUCAUUCUUAUGUUAUUAAAAGUUCAAAUGAUAAAAGUAUCUCAGUUGUCAAUUCACUUAUAGACAUGUAUGGAAAAUAUGGAGAUUUGACCAUUGCAAUGAGAGUAUUUUGCAGGGCAGAGAGAGAUGUUGUCACAUGGAACACAUUGAUCUCAUCUUAUAGUCACAGUGGGCUUUUCCCCGAGGCUUUGGAUUUAUUUGAUAAAAUGAUUUUAGAAGAUGUUAAACCGACCAUAGCAACAUUGGUAACUGUACUUUCAGCAUGUUCUCAUAUUGCAUCUUUGGAGCAUGGAGACAAAGUUCACAAAUACAUUAAAAGAGAAAAGUUUGAGUUCAAUUUAUCUCUUGCUACUUCAUUGGUUGAUAUGUACGCAAAAUGUGGAGGACUUACCAAAGCAAGAGAAAUUUUCAAUUCAAUGAAGGAAAGAGAUGUAAUAUGCUGGAAUGUCAUGAUUUCAGGUUAUGGGAUGCAUGGAGAUGCAAAAUCUGCACUAGAAAUAUUCCAACAGAUGGAGAAAUCAAGUGUUAGGCCAAAUGGGCUUUCAUUUCUUGCUAUUCUUUCUGCUUGUACUCAUGCAGGACUCAUUGAAGAGGGGAAGUAUUUGUUUGAUAGGAUGCAAGAUUAUUAUGUGAGACCCAACUUGAAGCACUACGCCUGUAUGGUAGAUCUUCUAGGGAGAUCUGGCAAUCUGCAAGAGGCUGAAGCUUUGAUUCAGUCAAUGCCUGUCUCUCCUGAUGGGUGUGUGUGGGGAGCUCUGUUAAAUGCUUGUAAACUUCACAAUGAAAUUGAGAUGGGAAUCCGAAUUGCAAAGCUUGCCAUUGAAUCAGACCCAGAAAAUGAUGGGUACUAUAUAAUGAUUUCUAACUUGUAUAGUUCUCUUGGGAGAUGGGAGGAGGCAGAUGGGAUGAGAGAAAUGAUGAAGGAAAGGAGAGUGGGAAAAACAGCUGGCUGGAGUGCAGUGUGACUAAUUUGGAAGUGGCCUUGCAGCAUGACUAAUUUGGAAAUGGCUAUUCAUUCCUGGUGUGGGAUCUCAACAGUGAUCUUGUAUAUAUACACUAGGCACUACCAUUCAUCCUGAAGUGCAGUCUUCUGUGCAGAAUGUGGUUGAUACAUUGGUACUGUUUCCUUCCUUCUUUUGGCCAAAUUUGUGGCACCUUCAAGAUACUACAGACGCGUUUGCAGUAAUGCAUCUCGGUAAUUAUAUGGAGAAAAAAUUGUCCACAUUCGACGUACGACUAUAUGAGGCAUGGUGAUGUAGUAGCAUCAAAGAGGGAGAGAAGGAGAGACAAAAGAGAAGAGGAGGAGGAAGAAUUACUUUUUUUGUUUUUUUGGUGAGGGAGGGGGGAACAUACAAAACUCUCAGAUUUCAAGUCUGCUAAAAACUAUAUAUAUAUUUUUUCUUUU